GGAGUGGGGUGGGGGUGUAAUUGCUGUUGGUUUCGAGUUCUCUUUCUCAGAAAACUUGGGUUGUUUUUAGUUAUUUGGCUGUUCUGAUCUUGUGAUUUUAAUUUCAUUUGAGCUCCAUUUGGAUUUUAAACCCCAGAUUUGGUGCAGAGUUUAUGAAUUGAUUAUUUGUUUCAGAUCUUAGUGCAAAGAUCCAAUAAUUCUAAAAGCCACCUUACUAAGUUUAUGUGAUCAUACAUUAGGUGUCAUUUGGAGUGCCUUCUAUAUGAUGUGGAUAAAUGGGAGUGUAAUCAUCAUCUAAAAUCCUUCAUCUGGUUACAUUCAUUGAAAGAUUUGGAGAACUUUAGGAGCUUUCCAUUUACAGUCUCUCACUUUUAUUUUAUUUUCCCUGUUUACUGGUUCAAAGUUAAGGUGAAUUCUUUUUAUUUGGGCUUCUUUCUGGAUGCUUAGUAUCAACUUUGUCAGCCUUCUCUCGUCCUCUGGCUUACACUAGGGUUUGCUUCAUAAGGUAGCUUGAUGGGUUCUAGAUUCCCAUCUCACCAGCUCAGCAAUGGGCUCUAUGUGUCAGGUCGGCCUGAACAGCCAAAAGAAAGACCCCCAACAAUGAGUUCGGUGGCCAUGCCCUAUACUGGUGGUGACAUCAAGAAGUCUGGAGAACUUGGGAAAAUGUUUGACAUCCCUGUGGAUGGCUCUAAGUCGAGAAAAUCUGGGCCCAUUUCUAAUGCUCCUUCCAGAACUCAUUCAGGACCUAUCAAUCCUAACGCUGCUGCCAGGGCCAGUUACUCCUCAGGUCCUUUUUCUUCCACAAUGGUUACUGGUUCAGCUUCAAUGAAGAAAUCCAAUUCUGGGCCUCUUAAUAAGCAUGGGGAGCCUAUGAAAAAGGUGUCGGGACCUCAAUCUGGUGGAGCAACUGGACGCCAAAACUCAGGUCCUCAACCGCCAGUUCUCCCAGCAACUGGUCUGAUCACUUCCGGUCCCAUCUCUUCUGGCCCACUAAAUUCUUCUGGGGCACCAAGAAAGGUCUCUGGUCCAUUGGAUUCAAUGGGCUCUAUGAAAAUGCACGGUCCUUCUAUUGCCAACAACCAAGCUGUGACAACUCUUACCCAACAUGAUGAGUUCUCCUUCAGAAAGAACUUCCCUAAACCUAUAUUAUGGGCAAUGAUUUUGCUAUUUCUCAUGGGCUUCAUCGCCGGAGGGUUUAUUCUUGGAGCUGUGCAGAAUCCUAUACUCUUAAUCGUGGUUAUUGUUCUAUUUGCUAUUGUUGCAGCUCUAUUCAUAUGGAACUCUUGGUGGGGAAAAAGAGCUAUCAUCGGUUUCAUUGCUCAAUAUCCAGAUGCUGAAUUAAGAACUGCAAAAAAUGGGCAAUAUGUCAAGGUUUCUGGGGUGGUAACUUGCGGAAAUGUGCCUCUCGAAUCAUCUUUCCAGAAGGUUCCUAGGUGUGUGUAUACAUCUACAAGUUUAUACGAGUAUCGAGGUUGGGAUUCAAAAGCUGCAAAUCCUACACAUCGUCGCUUUACAUGGGGGAUUAGAUCAUCAGAAAAGCACGUGGUCGAUUUCUACAUCUCUGAUUUCCAGUCUGGAUUGAGGGCGUUGGUUAAGACUGGCUGUGGGGCAAAAACCACUGCCUAUGUGGAGGAGUCUGUGGUUGUUGAUGUCAAUCCUUCAAAUAAGGACUCAUCCCCAGAAUUUACCAGGUGGUUGGGGGAGAGAAAUCUCUCAAGUGAUGAUCGUAUAAUGCGAUUGAAGGAAGGGUAUAUCAAAGAAGGAAGCACAGUGAGUGUAAUGGGAGUCGUACAAAGGAACGAGAACGUCCUUAUGAUUGUCCCUCCUCCUGAACCAUUCACGACCGGAUGUCAGUGGAUGAAAUGCAUUUUCCCCGCUAGCCUUGAGGGCAUCGUGUUGAGAUAUGAAGAUGCAUCAAAAACAGAUGUCAUUCCGGUUUGACACACAAACAAACAGCAUGUGCAUCGUAAAUUUUUCUGGAGUUCAUGCUAAAAAUAGUUUGGUCAGUUGUGGUAUAGAUGGUGGUGGUGGUGACAGUGCAAGUGAUGAUGCGUUUAUAUAGUUGAUAUCUAAUUUUCUGUAUAGUUAGUAGGUUUUUUGUUUUUGUUUUUGUUUUUGAUUUUCUUUUUCUGGGAAGAUUUUGUAAUGGAGAGUGAUUAAAAAUGCUUGGGAAUGCAAAUGUGUUACAUGUUUGAGCACAUUGUGAUCAUGCCGGAACCAAGUUUAUGUUGGUUCUUUUUGUAUCAUAUGAGAAAAUCUUUUGGCGUUUA